AUGCGGCUAACCGAGACGGAGCAGUUCGCCGACAGGACGCUCGACACGCUCGCUGGAGGGGAGCGCCAGCGGGUGUUCGUCUCCCGCGCGCUGGCCCAGCAGCCCCGCGUCCUGUUACUGGACGAGCCCACGUCCAACCUGGACGUCUUCCACCAGCUCAAGGUAUUCGACCUGGUGCGGCGUCUCGUCGACGAAGGGCUCGCGGCGAUUGCCGCCAUCCACGAUCUGGGCAUGGCGGCUCGCUAUUGCGACAGGCUGGUGCUGCUGGUCGAGGGGCGGGUACUGGCGGAGGGCCCCCCGGACGAGGUCCUCACGCCGGAGGCGAUGGCCCGCGCGUUCGGCGUGGAGGCCGCAGUGUACAGGGACCCGAUCACCGAUUCGCUGGCCAUCAGCCUCAUCGGACCGGCGGAGGAGCGCCCCGCGAAAGGAACAGCGCGUCAGGCCAAUGUCGUACCGGUUACGGACGCGGUGCCCGCCAGGGUGGAGCAGCCGGCGCAGCGUGGGGGUGAUUCAUGA